UCGCGUUUCCCUUCCGGAAACAGACAUCCUGCUGCAGGUAGCAGGGAGGAAGGCAGCAGCAGCAGCGGCUCCACACGGUUCAUGGUUGAAUUCAUCAACCUCUGACCUGCAGCUCACUUCGGAUCGAGUCGGGCCCCGCGGAGGUUGGAUUGGCUCGGUUGCCUUAACCUUUUCUCCACCUGUUCGGCGGCUGAACAUCAUGGCGGCCGCGGAUCCCCGGUUCUCGAGUAACGGCGGGCCGGCCAGCAGAGGAGGGUUCCCCGCAGGGGAGAGCAGCAGCGACCGCGACGGGCCGGGCGGCAGCAGCGGCGGCGGCGGCAGCGGGGAAAGCGAGCGGGAUCGGGCCACCUUCGAGUGCAACAUUUGCUUGGACACCGCCAGGGACGCCGUCAUCAGUAUGUGCGGCCACUUGUUCUGCUGGCCCUGCCUUCAUCAAUGGCUGGAGACGCGGCCCAGCAGGCAACAGUGUCCUGUCUGCAAGGCGGGCAUCAGCAGAGAGAAAGUCAUCCCGCUGUACGGCAGAGGGAGCUCCAGCCAGGAGGACCCCAGGUUGAAAACGCCCCCUCGGCCUCAGGGACAGAGAACGGAGCCUGAAAGCAGAGGAGGGAUGUUCCCGGGUUUUGGGGAAACGGGCUUUCACAUGUCUUUUGGGAUCGGUGCGUUCCCCUUCGGCUUUUUCACCACAGUCUUCAACGCCAAUGACCCCUUUCACAGAGCAGACCAGUAUGCAGGGGAUCACCAAGGCAACGGUAACCUCAACAACGGCAACAACAACUGGCAGGACUCCCUCUUCCUGUUCGUGGCCAUCAUCUUCUUCUUCUGGCUGCUGAGCGUGUGAUGAUGACGGCGACAGCGGCGGCGGCUGGGAAGGAGGAGCCCGAAAAUACAAACAAGAAAACAGACUGGAGCCACUGACACACACACACACACACACACACACACACACACAGGAACACACACACCUUUUCAUUAUGUAACCUGAGAGAGCGCAGAGAGCCUGGCGCUGACAGGAAACAAGAAAUACAGGUUUUCUCCUCCUUUCUAGAUUAGGUCACACACACACCACUGCUGUGUUGAUGUUAUUUAUGCAACACUCAAUCCCAAAGUAAAUCACAACCUAGGGCCACUGCUGUAGUUGUCUGCACACAGAGGAGGAGGAAGAGGAGGAGGAGGAGGAGGUUGUGCUGACUGUUCAGUGACAGUAUUACAUGUUCAGGGUCAGCUCUGUCUGACGCUGUAGACGGGAAACCGGAGAAACUUCUUAAUUUUUUUUUUCAUAUGCCGUAUUCCUCAAACAUGGAGGCUCCUAAGGGAGCGGAAAGGUCGACUCUUCCCCCAGAUCAUAGUUUCUACGUGUGUCCAAAACUGGGUGGGUGGGUAUCGAAAGAAAACAGCCGGUUGCAUUUUCUGUACAUUUGUCUUAAAAUAAACCUACCAGUGCACUGUGAGGUCACCUGUAGAUGGCGCUGUCCUUUAACGUCAGUUUGUUCUGGUGUCUUGAAGCUUUUUUUUUUUUUUUUCGUUUUUCCCUGAAUGCAACACAAUUUUUGAUUCAAAGGGUAUCCAUUUAAAUCUUAAAUGUGCCACUUGCAGAACUUUUGCAGCGUAAAUUACAGUUCUUUGCACCCCCCCCACCC